UUCGUCCUUGUCAAGCUUCAUGCUCCAUGCCAUUUCGCGUCUCUGGUCCUUUCCUUCUUCACAAUUUGCGUCUGUAGCCUUAUAUAUAGUUACACAAUCUCACAUGCACCUUCGCAACAACGCAGAGUUAUUGCUUCCAAAAUCCAACCUCAUAACAUAAUCAGCUCCAUAUUCACACUUAGCCUCAAACCUGGAUUGGAGUAAAGGGAAACUGAGUAGCAUGAGAGCGAGGUUAAGGCCCAGACCGAUGCCGUUGAAUAUGUUUCAGGACUCGGAUGAAUUGUCCCGUAUUAUAUUGACUGAACCAACUGGUUCGUCUGCAGAUGUACUUCUAUAUGGAGGCCAGAUUGUUUCCUGGAAGAAUGAGAAGAAUGAAGAACUUCUUUUCAAGAGCAGUAAGGCCAACUUGAAACAACCUAAAGCAAUCAGAGGAGGGAUAUCAGUCUGCUUUCCUCAGUUUGGGAAUAUGAGUUCGCUGGAUCAACAAGGAUUUGCAAGGAGCAGAUUGUGGUCGCUGGACAGAGACCCUUCUCCUCUACCUCCAUCUGACAAUCACUCGUCCGUGGAUCUGAUCUUUAAGUCCACCAGAGAAGAUUUAAAGAUCUGGCCUCGAAGUUUUGAGCUCAGACUUCGCAUCACCCUCAGUGCUGGCAAGGUCGUUCUAAUUCUCAGAGUCAGAAACACUGAUAACAAACCCUUUUCUUUCUCCCCCGCUCUCUGCAACUACUUACGCGUAUCAGACAUCAGUGAAGUAAGGAUUGAGGGGUUGGAGACACUUGAUUAUCUGGACAACCUCGUCAACAGGACGAGAUUCACAGAGCAAGCAGAUGCAGUUACUUUCGACGGCGAGGUGGACAGAACCUACCUUUGCACACCCUAUAAAAUCGCCAUCAUCGACCACGAGAAGAAAAGAACCUUUGAACUGAAGAAGAUCGGGAUGGGAGAUACAGUGGUGUGGAAUCCAUGGAAGAGGAAGGCGAAGGCAAUAAAUGAUAUGGGUGAUGAAGAUUACGAGAGCAUGAUAUGUUUGAGUUGUGCAGCAAUUGAGAAUCCAGUGGUAUUGAAGCAAGGUGAAGAAUGGAAGGGAUAUCAGGAGCUGUCCACUGUGUCGUCAAGCUAUUGCAGUGGACAGUUGGAUCCUCGUAAGGUCAUUUAUGGCUUUCACUGAUCAUCUUGCAUGCCUUGUGCUUGCUGAUUUCAUUUAUAUAUAUGUGCUGAAAAAUAACUGAUGAGUCAGACCUGAGAAGAAAUUUCAAUGUAUCCCAUAAGGCCCAUGGAAGCAGAUUCUCUGUUGUGGCCUUGUGGGGACUCCAGUUUUCUCUAGACCCAGUUCGGUUCUUUCGGUUUGGUUUUGUUGAUGUUGUUAGGUUGCUGUGAAUAAUGCGAAUAUCAGUAUGAUUAAUGAGAAGCUCUGUACUUGCCCACGUGCAUUUAUUUACUCUCUU